AAGUAUCGUGCAAACGCAAAGGGAAAGGUACCUAGCAAGUGAAACAAUCUCGAGGUAGACAAAUAUGUGGCGCUGGAUCAGUUCAGCCUGCUAAUUUUGUUCACUUCCGCCUCUUUACUUGUCUAGACUCUUUCGAAUUACCUCCUAGUGCUAUUUAGAUCGCCCGCUCUUUUGCAUCCAAAUCAUUCUAAUCCAACAAUACCUGUCUCAACCACUCGCAUCUACAGCAAGUAAUCAUGCAUGACAACGUUGUACCUCCUACCAGCCUCCUCGAGCUUCCUGGAGAGCUUCGCAACCGUAUCUACGACUUCGUACAAGAGCCAGAUCAAGUCCGUCUUGUAUACAAGCCGAGUCUUCACCACAAGCAAGUCGAACAAACUAGUCAACAGUUCUUUGGUCUGACCCAAGUCUGUCGCAAGCUCCGAGUGGAGUAUCUACCUAUCUACAAUGCGCAAACCAUUGUCAGCAUUGGUUGCUUGCACACAGCCUCCUACGUCGACACAUUCAUUCUUCCAGCUGGCGUGGAGCCGGAACAAGCACGCGGGAACCUGAUCGUUCGGACCCCAGCGUAUCACGGUGAGAGUGUCGAGCAGCGAGUCCCUACGCAGGCUAUAAUUGACCUCAUCGCCCUCAGCCAGAAAGCUCCUGGAGUCACGAUCAAAUUUGACAAGUCCGCUUGGUUCGUCCCAUUAUUGUGCACACUAAAGCGUAGAUAUAGGACACCUUUAUAGAGCAGCCCAUAGAGCAU